AGCUAAUGAUGAGGCAAAGAGCAAAAGAUCAUAACUAAUAACUCCUUAACCGCUAAAUCUCCUCACAGCUUAUGACCCCUUCUUUUAUGAACCCUCCAUUUCCAACCAUCUCUUCUCUUCUCUCUCAGCUUUACCUGACAAACCUUCUUUUAAGGUUAUUAUUCUCCAUGUUCAUGCUUUUAUAACUCUCUCUUAUUAUUUCUUUCUUUCUGCAUAUUAGGUUACAUACGUAGACGAAAGUGACAGAGAUAAGAUAUAGAUAUUGGAUCAAGAUUUACUGUCAUGGGUCGUGUUAAGCUGGAGAUUAAGAGAAUAGAGAACAUCACAAAUCGACAAGUUACAUUUUCCAAACGUCGAAAUGGUCUCAUUAAAAAGGCUUAUGAGCUUUCAAUCCUUUGUGAUAUUGAUAUUGCUCUUAUUAUGUUCUCUCCUUCUGGUCGUCUUAGCCAUUUCUCUGGUAAAAAAAGCAGAAUCGAGGACGUGUUUGCUCGUUAUGUUAAUCUUCCAGACCAAGAAAGAGAACAUGCUGUAUGCCCUGAAAAUAAAAGACAUCCAGAUUUUCAGAACAAAGAGUGUUUGCCUUUGCAGUAUUUGCUAAGAACCUUACAACAACUUAAGAGUGAAAACGACAUUGCACUUCAACUUGUCAAUCCAACCGCUCUUAAUUCCGAUAUUGAGGAACUACAACAUGAAGUUGCUAGUUUACAGCAACAGCUUCAUAUUACAGAAGAGCAGAUAAGGAUAUAUGAGCCUGACCCACUGAAAAUCACUUCUAUGGGAGAGCUUGAAUCAUGUGAGAAACAUCUUGUUGACACCUUGACAAGUGUCAUGCAGAGAAAGGAAUAUUUAUUGAGCAGCCAACUUGGUUUUGAUCCUACAAUGCAACAAGGGAUGCCAAACUCUUUCGAGAAUGAUGUUAUUAAUUGGAUGCCUGAGAGUAGUCAAAACCAUGUCCAAAUGAGAUGUCAAAAUCAUCAACAAAUGUUCGAUGCUUCUGCUUCCUUAAAUAGUCUUAGAGAUUUAUCAUCCACAAUAUAUGAUCCAUUGCUGCAAGGAAGUAGUUCAAAUGGAGAGGCACAUAGCAUGGGAGACUGUCAUGUCUCAAACCCAAACGACGGAAACUUUUCGAACUGGCAUCAUCAGUCGUAUGCCUCAACGACACUCCAUUCCGCACCGAUGCCUACGACAGUCUUAUACUCACAUCAAGUUCAGCAUGGAAUGGUGGGCCAAAGUAUUCCAGAGAUGAUGCCACGUGAGCAGAUGGAGAUGGCAAUGAGUGGCCCACAUGCAAAGGUGGAAAAUGAAGCUGCAAAUUAUGACAACAAAGUCCCUCAACUUAAUGGGCAAUAAAAUUAAAAACUAAUAAAUCCUCAAUCAUGUAAAAAUUUCGUAAGGCGACCAAAAUUAAAUUGCUCAAUGCUGCUUGUUAUUUUUAUAUAUAGGUAAAUUUCUUUUUUUUUUUUUUUGAGGUAUUUGUAUUAUAUGAAUUAACUCAUUUUUUUAUUAUAUCCUAAAAUGUAAAUGCUUAAUUUAGCUUGUA